CGUCAGUCAGUGAUCCACCGUGCAAGUUUUGAAUCGCAUUUUUUUGAUACCACUUGGAAUAAUUUUGGCUAAUUUUGAUAAAAAGUUUAAAUAACAGCUCUGUAUUUCCACGUUUUGUCGCAAUGAGUGCCAAAAACUCAGCCUUGGCAUCGUUGACGGCCACCUACACCGAUUCAGAGAAUGAAGACGACAACAAAUCGGACGAUGGAUCGAUGGUUUCGGACGGUGAAAGCUCCUCCUCGCAGAAUCGCGCACGAUCCCGACCGCAGACUCCAAUGCGCGAUGUAUCGGAAUCGUCCGUCACUCCUCCCGUUGCAGCAGUGGCCGUGUCGAAACCAGCUGCACCGGUCACAACAGCAGCCAGCGGAUCCAAUGAAUCUUCCUCGUCGCGGCAGAAAGCACUUCGCUUGGUUAGCUACUUCGACGACACGGUAGUCUCCGAUGACGAAAAUCUCUCGCCACAUCGGGAUCAGGAACGCAUGGACAUUUCCGACGAUGAAAUCCCCGUGGCGGAAACUUCCGCUUCACCCAAAAAGAUCGAUCGAUCCAAAUUGUAUGGAUUUAGUUUGCCUCCGGAACCGAAGGGGAAAUGCUCACUCGAACUGCAGGAGAAGAUUGCGAUCCUGUACGAAAAGAUGCGCAACUCCAACAUGGACACGAAUAAAAUCAUUCAGGAGCGCAAAGAAUUCCGCAAUCCAAGCAUUUACGAGAAGCUGAUUCAAUUCUGCGACAUAAACGAACUCGGGACAAACUAUUCGCCGGAAAUUUUCGAUCCCUCCCAAUGGGGUAAGGAGUCCUACUAUGAAGAGCUAGCCAAGGCACAAAAGCUGGAAAUGGAAAAAGUGGAAAAGGCCCGAAAGGAAAGUGCCAAGACCGAAAUCCAGGUUGGCGUCAAAAAGAUGGAUCCGGACGAUUCGAAAAAGCGCAAAUCCAAGUGGGACCAACCGGGAGUGCUGGGUGCUGCUCCGGGAGCCAUUGGCACGGCCACGGCGCUCAAGCCGGCGGGAAUCAUAGCUCAAACGCUGACGGCGACGGCAACCGGAACCAAGGGCACCGUUAUAUCUGCGUUCGGGUCAUUGCCCAAGAAGCCGAAGGUGUAGGUUUAGCGUUUUAAGGUAGGUUUCAUUUUAUUUUAUUUAUACUUUGUACAAUAAAUAGAUUUAGACAAAA